CUAGGAUUAAAACAUAUUAAAAUUUAGAGCCCACGAAAAUCUGUGAAGUUCAGUUCCCUUACCAAACAUGGCUCGCUGGAUUGGCGGAAAAUGUAGGCCGAUUUCACUGCGAACUCCGUGUCCAUGGCGGCCUCGGACCUUCCGAUCAAACGCCGCGCUAGAAGCCAUAGCCACAGCAGCCGAAGAGAAAGUCCGAACCGUGGCGCUAUACAAUUACCCCUCAUUUUCCGGCGCGAUCUCCGCUCUCUUCGCUCACCUCUACCACUCCCGCCUUAAUCUCCCUUGCCUCAUCUUGCCUUUCUCCUCCGUUGAACCACUCAGGGUCGAAGAUUUUUGUGUUGAAGCAGAGGGACUAGACACGUGUUAUCUCCUCGACUUCAUCGGUCCCAAGGGAUUUGCAUCAAAGCUUUCACAGCAAGCAAUGUGCGAAGUGAUAGCAUUUGAUCAUCGGAAAUCGGCACUUACAAAAAUUAACUGUUGUGGAGAUCCGAGAGUUACAUUCAAUGUUAAUCUUGAGAAGAGUAGCUCUGCUGCUGUAUAUGAGUAUUUUUCUAAUAAGCUUGCCAGUAUGAUGUUUCCUGAUGUGGGGGCUGCAAAUUUGUUGAACUCGGAAGACCAAGUUCGCCUGGAAAAAGUUCUGAAGUAUAUUGAAGAUGCAGAUCUUCGUAGAUGGAGCUUACCAGAAAUUAAAGCUUUUACAAUUGGACUCAGUGAAUGGCGCUCCAAGUUUAAUUGCAUCACUAAUCCAUACAUGUAUGAGCAGUUACUUGGGAUCAGUUCUAGUGACUUGAUCGCCAAGGGAAAUCUGGAUAUUUCCUCUCACCAAAUAGCUGCAAACAAGUUUCUGGAUAAGACAUUUAAAGUUCGCUUGGGCAGAGGAUUGUAUGGGGAGUGCCUGGGAGUCAGAGCCGAUGGAAACUCUGAUUUAAGCGAUGAAAUUGGCAAGCAACUAAGUCUAAAAAGUGCCAAAGCCGGUCUAAGGCCCAUAGGAGCUGUUAUAUGCUAUAACAUCAGAAGGAAAAAUCUUAAGAUGUGCCUAAGAAGCACGGAUACUGCAACCGAUACAUCUGAAGUUGCAAAGGCAUACGGUGGUGGCGGCUGUCCGAGUUCCAGCUCUUUUAUAAUAAGAAUGGACGAGUAUAACCAGUGGCGAUCCUGAAACGUUUGAAGGUAUUAAGUAUUUCACUCAGGCUCUAACUUGACAAUUACACAAUGUAAUAAAAUUCACUAGGUAAAUCAGUGCCUAUUGGGUCGAGUGAUAAAGAAUUCGAUACCUCUUAAGUUAGGUUUCGGGUUUGCAUCUUAUAGAUGGAGAAAACAGAAAACAGUGCUGUGAGAGAUUUAUCUCUCAUUUAAGGGUCUAAUUCAGCUCGACUUUGGAUUUAGUCGAGCUUGAAGUGGUUACCGAAUACCGAAUGGUCACGGACCAAAAAAAUUCAAUAGGUAAACCAUAUGAUAUAGGGCUUCUUUAGUAUUGUUUUUGUCUCUUUAAAAGUGCUUUUUGAACCACAAACAAAAGCGGAUUUAAAGUGCUUGUGGUUGCAAAAAUCACUUCUGAGUGUAUGAUUACUUUUAUAUUCAUCAAGUAAUCACAUAUUUGCAUAGUAUGUAUAAAA